AGAGGUAAUUCAGUGAGCAGUAGUGUUUCUACGGCAAUGAGUUAAGGCGCUGCUUCUGUACAAAUGAUUAUGUAGCUUAAAUAUUCAUUGGGGAAAAAGCUGCAUGUUAUAAUCUGUCUUAGUUAUACAGUGUUGGUUCACUCAGGUCUCAGCGCUUAGAUAGAAGACUGUAAACACUUUAAUGGCGACUGCAGGAGCAUCAAACGUGGGGGACAUUGAAGAAGACGCCUCACAGCUGUCUUUCCCCAAAGAGUUUGAAAAUUCAGAGACUCUCCUGAACUCCGAGGUCCACAUGCUCCUGGAGCACCGAAAACAGCAGAACGAGAGCGCCGAAGACGAGCAGGAGCUCUCAGAGGUCUUCAUGAAGACGCUGAACUACACGGCUCGCUUCAGCCGCUUCAAGAACCGCGAGACCAUCGCCAGCGUCCGCAGUUUGCUCUUGCAGAAGAAACUACAUAAAUUUGAGCUGGCUAGUUUGGCCAAUCUGUGUCCCGAAGCUGCAGAAGAAGCAAAAGCGCUCAUUCCCAGCUUGGAAGGUCGAUUCGAGGAUGAAGAGCUGCAGCAGAUUCUGGAUGAUAUUCAGACCAAAAGAAGCUUUCAGUAUUGAUUUCUUCUUUAUGUUGUAUUACAGUCACAGCCCAAACUGUGCAGUAAAAGACUGAUUUUUUUUUAUACACAUAUACAUAUUUUUUUUUUCCCGCUUGUUGUUCUGCCUUGUCGAUCACAGACCGAUCCUCCAUUCCAGAUGUUUUAGUACUAAAUUCUCCAUUUGUUGUAGAUACGUUGUUUACUACUCUGAAAAUAAACCUGAUGUUUGUA